UGGGGCAGGAGAGAGACGGCGCCGCAUCAUCUGCAUUGCUUGGAGUGGGGGCUGAAUGCUGACAGUCUGGGACGGGGGCUCAUCUGCAGGUCAAGGCUGGAAAUAGGCCCCCAGGCUUCAUCUGUACAUCAAACCACGGUGGGGUCAGUGAGUAUCUGCACAGCCACACCGGUGUUUUAGGAAUAAAAAGAGAAGAGACCCAAAUAGGGAGGCAGAGUCUGGGACAGGGUCUCAUCUGUCCUUAGGGCAGCUUGUGUUGUCCUCAUCACUACCGUGGACGGCCCUUCUUUGUGGAACGCUGCCGUCCUCACAGGGCGCCAAGUGCAGAGGGAUUUACGCCGCUUGGCUUCUCCCCCUGCGCCUGGCCAUGGACUCUGUAUUUAAUGAUGAUAUCAGCAUCAUCACACAAGAGGCACUUGCACAGGACGAGGAGGAGGAGGACGAGGACUGGGUGGACAGCCCCAACACCGACCAGUCUGGGGACAUGUGUUCUGCAUCUCAUUUUGCCCUCAUAACCGCAUACGGUGAUAUCAAGGAACGUCUCAGCGUGCUGGAGAAAGAGAACGCAACUCUGCGUCGGAAAUUGAAAGUCUAUGAGAUCAAGUACCCGAUUAUCUCGGAGUUUGUUGAUGAUCCCAACUUUUCUCCUUAUGACUCCAAGGAACAUUCCUUGCUGAGGACGGAGGAUUUCCAGCGCGAGAUUCAGAAGGACCAAGAGAACGAGGAGCAGCUGGGAGAGAUGGUGCGCGCCUGCGAGAAGAUGUGCGCUGAGAGGAGUGAGCUGCACGAGGAGCUACAUGAAAUGAAAGGCCUUGUUCUGAGCCACGUAGCCCAUAUCCAGUCCCUGGAGCAGCAGCUGCAGAUGUGCAAUGAACCCCAUCCCUUCCCGGGGUCUGCUCUCUCCGAUCCAGACAUGCAGUACCUCUCUCUACACCCCGGGUCAGGCAUGCAACACGUUCUAGAGCACCCGAUGAGCUGGCAUGCCCCCCGCAGCCUGGACCUGCAGCGGGAGAUCGGAGCUCAAAGGAGAGAUGCGGAACUUGAGGAGGCCAGAAGAGAUCUGCAGAAUGCCCAGCGCAGAGAAAAACAGCUAAAGGAGGACGUUCUGCGCCUCGAAGAGCAGCUAAAGCAGCAGAAAGAGGCUCGCGAGCAGGAGCUGGUGAAAGGACAGACACGGCGAGAGAUGGCUUGGCUGAAGGAGGUCGGCGACGACCAGGUUAAUCUGGCGCUGGCCUAUACCGAACUGACCGAGGAGCUGUAUCGCCUGCGGGACUUGACCGCUCUGCAGGGCCGGAUCCUAAGGGAGCUGUUGGAGGACCAAGCAGGUCAGAGACAGUCUCCUCCGCUCCGUCACUCACCCUGUCCCCUUCGCCACUCUCCCACCCCUCUGCGCCACUCUCCUUCCUCACAGCGAAGAUCCCCCGUUUCCCAGUGCCCUUCCCCCAUCAUGCAGAGGAGAUCGCCUGUCCCCCAGUCCCCAGCCCACCAGCGCCGCUCUCCAGUACCCCCAUCUUCUCCUUCUCGGCUAUCUCCUGUCCCGACGACCUGCCCCUCCCCUGGUAUUGCGGAGGUAUCAUACCCUAAGCCCCCCACCCACCAGGCAAAGGCAUCUUUCCAAGCCCGCAGAAGUUAUUCUGAAAUUAAUGAGCAAACGUUGUACCCGCGGGCGCCCCGCUCCCUCUGGAUGCCGAUAGGCACUGCCACCCUUCCCAAACAGCGCUCGUACAACGAGGAAUAUGCAGGCAGCCCCCCUACUGUCCCCUGCUUCCAGGAUCCCCCACAGCAAUCCUCUGAUGAGGAGGAGUGGAGCCCCCCAUCGCCCCCCAGUCCGGAGCCUGGAGCCGUGCGCUGUGCAUCCUUUUGUGCUGGGUUUCCCAUCCCUGACAUGGCUAACAGGAGAAUGUCAGCAUCGUACUCCCGCGCGGAACAUGCGCAAUCCUGGCCCUCCAUCAAUCUGCUGAUGGAGACGGUGGAUUCUGAGGUCAGGAGUUGCCCCCUGUGCCAGCUGGCCUUCCCUGUGGGCUACCCCGACGACGUUCUGAUCAAACACAUCGACUCCCAUUUGGAAAACAGCAAAAUCUAAAGCGUGGAUCGCUCCUCGGCCCUGCGCGGACUCCUCACCCGGGGCCAGGAGCUCGCAAUCCGCACCAAAGGAGACGCCGAUCGCAAGAGGACUCCUGAGUUCGUAUUCACCGAG